UCGUUUAAGAUAACGUAUUUGCAGCGUAUAUUAACAGUUGAAUAUUAUGUAAAUCAAUUAAUAACUUGCAAUUGUUAAACUUUUAGGCAAUCAAUUAUUUUCUUCGUUAUAAAAUAGUUACCUUAUUAAAAGCUGUUAUUACACUACCCAAGAAUGUUAUUGAACAAAAUUCACGUUGGUUUCAGACGAACCAUGUGCACUUAUACUCGUGGGCUUAUGGGAAAGCAGAGAUUAUUAAAAAAUAUAGAUGUUGGUGUAAAAACAUUUCAUAGCAUUUCUGAUGUUUUACACCAAAAUUUUUGUAAUUUUUUAGUACCUUGUAAUAAAAUUUAUACAAAUCAUGUCAGGAGAUUCCACACCCAAUUGUUGGCCAGUUGUCAAGCUUCUCUGAAAGAUUCAAAACCCUUAGAAUACCACAGUAUCUCAGAGUUACAAAUUAAUUCAAAUAAUGAUUUACCUGAUUUUAACGAUGUGGAACCAAAGAGACCUAGGAAAAAGUUUAUCAAUACAAACUUCAGUAGUAACAGUACUAAUGAUAUCAAUAGUAUUCCUGAAUCUGUCAAAACAUGGUUGUUUGGUGACACUGAGAAAUCUCCUAGUCGAGAUAUUGAAAAGAAAUUUCCAGAGCCAAAAGCCUUUCUUCAUAAUCUUUUCGCUGUUGUUGCUCAGGAAACUAAAAUUCCACAUUGUUUAACUACAAGCUCAAAAGCUAUAGAUGUAAGAAAAAAACGUCUAUGGUCAUAUAGUUAUGAGCUCAAGUGGCCUGAGACUAAAACAUUUCAUGCCAUAGGACAUUCAAAAGCAUCAGCUUCAUCAUCUGCUGCAACAAAAGUAUUAUAUUGGUUACAUUUGAAAAAGAGGAUAAAAUAUCAAAUGCCAGUUAUUUAUGAAAAAAAUGAAGCAUUAUCCAUUAUAAAUGCUCCAAUAGAAUUCACAGUUGAUAGUAACAUAUUGAGCAAAGUAGAUGAUUUCUUAAAUAAGUAUGAGGAUAAAAUAAAAAAUAUUUCAUUAGAAUCUGAAAGUUCAGAAACAUUCAAAGUUUCAAAUCCGAGUCUGGAACGUCAACACCCUAUUUCUCUUUUAAGAGUAGAUUAUAAUUCAAGAAAUGAAAUUUUACAAGAGCGUUUACAAUUUCGAAACAGCGUUGUGAACCAUGAUCUCCCUAUUUUUAAAUUUAGGUCACAAAUCUUGGAAGAGUUAGAAAAAAAUCAAGCAUUAGUGAUAAAAGGUGAUACAGGUUGUGGAAAAACUACCCAAGUACCGCAAUUUAUCUUUGAUUCUAUGACUGAAAAAGGACUAGGAGCUGAGUGUAGUAUGGUUGUAACAGAGCCACGUAGAAUUUCUGCAAUUUCUUUGGCACAGCGAAUAGCCUUCGAAAGAAAUGAAGAGGUGGGGGAUGCCAUAGGAUAUCAAGUUAGACUUCAACAGGUUUUACCAAAGCAAAGUGGUGCAAUAUUGUUUUGCACUACAGGAGUUCUUUUGAAAAAAUUACAAGCCAAUUUUCGACUGGAAGGUUGUUCACAUGUGAUUAUUGACGAAGCUCACGAAAGAAAUGUAGAUACAGAUAUGUUAUUGGCAUUAUUAAAACGCUCAAUGAACCUAAAUCCAUAUCUUAAAGUAAUUGUUAUGUCUGCUACUAUUAAUGCUGAUUUAUUUCAACAAUAUUUUAAUUGUAAUGCUGUAGAGAUACCGGGAAAGCUAUAUCCUGUUGAAAUGAAUUUUCUAGAAGACAUCAUAAAACUUGGCAUUAAACCACCACGAAAUAAUGAAAAUAAUGAAGAUGCUUUUGUAGAUUGUGACAGCAUUAUUGAUCUUAUCAAUUAUAUAUCCUGCAAUAAACCACCUGGUGCUAUAUUAUGUUUUCUACCAGGAUGGCAUCAUAUUCAGAUGAUUCAAAAACAGUUAGAAAAUUGCUUUAAUCAACAGUACACAAUAAUACCACUGCAUUCAAGAGUACCAUAUGAAAUACAAAAUAAAAUUUUUAAAAGUGUACCAGAAGGGCACAGAAAAAUUAUUUUGGCCACUGAUAUUGCGGAAACUGGUAUAACGGUGCCCGACGUGGUCUAUGUCAUCGACAGUGCUUGUCAUAGAGAAACCAGGUGGCACGAAAAUAAAGGUUUGUCUUCAAUCAACAUACAUUGGAUAUCUCAGGCAAACGUCAACCAAAGAAAAGGAAGAGCUGGUAGAGUUCAAAAAGGAGAAAGCUAUCAUUUUCUUACCAAGAAACAGUAUGAAGAUCUGGAUCCAUACCCUGUACCAGAAGUUCUUCGAGUUUCCUUAGAAAAAACAGUUUUAGAUUGUAAAACUUAUAGCGAUGAAAAACCUCACGAAUUUCUCGGCAACAUGCCUCAACCUCCAAGAAUAUCUUCCGUAAAAAAAGCUGUUGAGGAUUUGCAAACAUUGGGCGCUCUUGAUUCAGAUGAAAAUUUAACAUUUUUGGGUAAAAGAAUAGCGCAUUUUAGUGUUCAUCCGAAACUGAGUAAAGCUAUGGUUUAUGCUACGAUUUUUCAAUGCUUACAACCAGUAACAACUAUAUCGACGUUUCUUUCAUUAGAUAGUGACUUAUUUUAUGGAGUCUUAGAUAAUAAAUUUCGUGUAAGAAAAUUAAAACAGCAAUUCCACCCUACAAGUGAUCACCUUUCAGUCGCAUGGAUUUAUUCUCAGUGGCUAAGUUAUUAUGGGAAAGGACCCAAAGCGGGACUUAGCUUUUGCAGAAAAAAUAGUAUUCAUGGCGAUAGAAUGAUGAUAUUGCACAGAAUGCGAGAUAUACACAUGGGAAAUCUUCUCCAAACAGGACUGAUAGAAGAUAUUGGUGUAGCAUCAAGACUUCAUAGUAAAGAAAAUGAGUUUGCUACUUCAGAUGAACUUGUACGCGGGAUUUUACUUGCUGGAAUGGACCAACUUUUAAGGCAUAGAAACUUUGAAUUUAGAAAAGGACGUUUUACUAAAUCUGGAAGUUCGAUGGUCACAGAAGAAGAUAGUAGAGCGCAAUUAACACCAGAAUGCGUAAAUUAUAAACGUGAUUCUUGGCCAAGUCCAUUCAUGGUUUAUUAUCAAAAGACACAUAAUACUGAAAUGCGAAUGACUCUAAUUCGAGAGAGUAGUAUGCUUUCACCUGUAACAGUAUUACUAUUCAGCCAAGGGCGAGUUACAGGCUGUACAUACAAAGAUGAAAAAGAUCAGACAGAAAAAAUUCUGUUACAAAUUCACGGGAAGAAAAAUUUGAAUCUAGUUUGCGAUGAAAAUACUGCUCGUACUUUAUUGCGAUUCCGAGAUAUCAUGUGGGCUAUCGCUCAUUACUAUGUUGUAAAUAAUGUUGAUGACAGAUGGUACGAUAUCGAUAAUUCGGAGGAAUCGAAUAACAUCGUAAAAUACAGAGCAGAAAUGUUGAAUACAUUGGCAAACUUGCUAACUUCUGCAUCUAGUGUUAUAGAUGACGAUAUUGAAACGACAGAUUCGGUGACACCGACACUCACAAAGGACGACUAUUUUCGAUAGAUUUAUUGUCAAUUUAUUUUAAUAUAUUUGUUUCUAUUAAUUCUUUAUAAGUGUUAUCAUUCAUAGAUUGCGAAUUCAAUGAAAAGGCUUUAUCAACUACAAAAAUCGUCGGUAGCGUUAUUAAAUUGAUUUACAGCCACUGUAAGAACAUACUUGAAGUAUUGCAUGACGACUGGCUAUAAUUUGUCAAUACGUAUUUUUUAUGCUAACUAUUAAAAUAGGUUUCAUUACAAUUCUCGUUACGGUAAGCAAUUCUGUUAUAAAAAAUACCCGUAGUUUACCUCACUUGUAUGUUUGUUAUGGAUAUUUACACGUGCCUAUGUGUAAAGUAUACGGCCUUCGAACAUUUAAUACUAUAAAUCCAAUCGUUGUUCAAUCAACAAUCAGGAUAUACAAUAUUCUAAGUGAUUUGUACUAUUAAAACCUUGAGAAUAAAUAACUUAUAAAAUUAUUUAAAACGCAGAACGCAACAGCAAUGGUCAUGAUUUUAUAAUAACAUAUAAUUAAUAAUAUAAUAACAUAUAAUUAAUAAUAGAUGCAAAAUUUUGAAUAAAAAAGUUGACACAC